UGAGAGGAGGCCAGUGAGUGCCAUGGAGCUCCCCAGUUACAGCCAGCAGCUGCUGCCCCAGCUGUACACCCUGUGCAAGGAGCAGCACGUCUGUGACUGCACCAUCUUUACUGGGGACGUGCAUUUUAGAGCACACAAGGUGGUUUUGGCUGCUGCCAGCCUGCUGUUUAAAUCCCUCUUGGACCGUACAGACAGCAUCCCUAUUGAUGCUUCUGUGGUGAUGCCUGAGGAGUUUGCACUCUUGCUGGAGAUGAUGUACAGUGGCAAACUCCCACUGGGGAAACACAGUUGCACCAAAGUUAUCUCCGUGGCAGACAGUCUGCAGAUGUUUGAUGUGGCUGUUAGUUGCAAAAGCCUCCUCAGGGACCUCAUAAGCUGUUCUCCUCGGGACCAGGUACACUGAGAGGUCUCCAGCCAGGCAGCAGAUUCAUCUGAAAACAAAGCUGAAGCUAAUAACCUGCCCCAGUCUGGAAAACCCAAAGAAGAAAAAACAGAUAUCCUCCUCACUCAGAGAGUUUUCCCUUUACCUGGCCCUGUAGAAGCAGAAAUGGAAGCAGAUGUUUCUCCUCCUGGCCAGGAACUUGCUGUGAAUUGCACCUGGGUUCACGAGGACUUGAUGUUGAAUGUCUCCAGGUCCCUCCAGGAGGAUUCAAGCUCUGGCCCUGACCAGCCUGCCCAUGCUGAGUGAAGUGGCUGUGUGGAAGAGCCUCCAGAGCUUGCUGAGCCUCCAGAGGGGAAAGGGCCAUCGAGGGAUUUGGCAGCAGAGAGCAAAAGCUGUAAACUGGAUUUCUUUCUUCGAUAUGAAAGUGUUUUCUCUGAGGCCCUUUCUGAUGCCCAGGCUGUGCUGAAAAGACUCGACAGAGAAACUGAUGCCUCUCAAAAGGAGGCUCUGGCCGCCUGUCUCGCCGAGGCAGGGGAACAGUCACUGUUCAAGAAGUUGCUGAGCAAAGUGGAGCAUGCUCGGCUCAGGGAUACUCACACCCAGGAUAGUGACACCCAGGACACUUGGCCCCUGGACGCUCAGACGCUCCUGUCUUUUCUGAAGCUGUUUCAAGACAUGAAUUCCAGGCUGAGAGCAGCUCUGCUGGAGAGGGAACAGGGCACUGGAAAAGCCCCAUGGCAAGGAGAGAACAGAGCUGAGGAGGAGACGCUGACCGCUCGCUUGCUGGGCUGCAGGGAGGAGCUGAUCCAGAGCGUGACACAGCUGAGCCCCAUCGUGGAGUUCUUGGAGGCAGCAGAAGAGGGAUUCCUGACCCCCUUGGAGAAGUGGGUGGUUUUGGAUUGCUGUGAAAGCAGCUCUGAGGGGGAAGCCAUGGACAACCUGCUCAGGAAGGUGGAUGAAGAGAAAACCCUGAAUGUGGAAAGCUUGAUCAAACUUCUGGGGGCUGUGAAAGCAUCAUUCCCUGGGCUCCAGCUUCUGCUGGACAACUUGGUGGCAGCAGCAAACAUCUCUGAUAGCAAAGGUAUGAGUAGACUAAACUUCCACUGCAAACAUUCCCGACAGGCACUUUGCUUUGUCAUUUCCCAAAAUCUUUCAGGUGAUCUUGUCUUCUUAUUAUUUCUCCAGCUACUGAGUAUUUCUGCUCAGAAGGAAAGUUCAGAGGCCUCCUUGAAAGCGGCUCUGAGCAGAGCCCAGGAGAAGUGUGUCCUGACCAUGAAGAUCUACCAGGUGCUGUGCAGUGUCCAUGAGUCCUUCCCAGACCUGCAGCCAGUGAUGCAGGAGCUGGGCCACGUGGGUCUCUUGACUGAGAGAAGUGGGGAGAAACCCGGGAUCAGGAAGUGGAAGGUGAACAGUGAAUCCCAAGUUAAAUCUCUGGACAAAGAUGAGGACAGGGCAGGAGGAGCUGGUGCCAAAGAAGCAAAGGAAUCCCAAGACAAAGCUUAGUCCAAGAAGAGUUUUGUCUGCAAAGCCUGUGAUAAGACCUUCCACUUCUGCUGCUGCCUGAAAGUGCACAUGAAACGCUGUCGGGUGUCCAGAGGGAAGCAGAUCCAGUGUAAAGAGUGCAGCCAGGUCAAACUGACCAAGAAGGAGCUGGAAAAUCAUCAGCUGGAGGUCCACGGGGUGGUGGGGAUGGCCAAGGAAAAGAAGAAGCGGCUCCCUGUGGCGUGCGACAUCUGUGGAAGAGAGUUUGCUCAUGCCUCAGGGAUGCAGUAGCACAAGCUGACAGAACACUUGGAUGAGAAGCCCUUCUCCUGCCAGGAGUGUGGGGCCGGGUUCGUGGCAAACUCCACGCUGAAGAACCACCUGCAGCUGCACACGGGACGGCCCUUCCUGUGCAAGCACUGCCUGAUGACCUUCAUGCAGGCCUCGGCCCUGGCCUACCACAGCAAGAGGGAGCAGGCUGAGGGUGAGCUUCCCCACAGGAGCCCAGCCAUGGGCUCAGCUUGCUCCAUCUACCCCUUUGUGCCCUACACUGAAGAUCCCUACAGCUGCAAGAAGUGCCAGAUGAGCUUUGCCACCCUGCAGGAACACUGCAGGCAUGUCCAUGAAGAACCUUCCCGGGAAUACCAGCCCUGCCCUACCUGCUCCAAAAUCUGCAGUGCCCCAUCACUCCUGGAGCACCACGUGGUGACCCACACCGGGGGAAAGCCUUUGGAAUCUGUGACAAGACUUACCAGACCUGUGAUUCCGACGUCGAAGCAAGGAGCAGCAGAGCACAUCAUCUCAUCAUGUUUGAUCAAACAUCAUUUUGAUGGCACCCAGCUCGUUGGCUCCCAAGUCUUUUUGAUGUUGCCUGAAUCCCAUGUGAGCCAAAGUGGCUCUGAGCAGGUGGCAGUGACUAAGGAGGACUUGUUUGAUGACAAAGUAACUCUGAUUUGUGAAGAAACCAAGCGGGAGACAGUGUGGGGGGGGCUCCAACUGCCACUUGGUAUCCCCUGGACUUGUUCAGGAGCUCAGUGUGCUGCUCCAGCUCGGAGAUCCAGGGCUUCUCUGGGAAGGCAAUCCCAGGCAGGCAGCAAGCACAGAGUGACCAGGGACAGGAGAGGUUCAUAGACAUUCACUGCCUGGGAAGUCUCCCUGCAUUAAGCAGCUGCCAGCUCAGGUGAGCUGGACCACCUGUCUCUCCCAGGUGAGAAAUAAAGUGGAGGAAAAGAAUGGGAAUUGGGUGUGACCCUCUGCUGCUGGGAACGGAGGGGAGGGGACUAGUGCGGGACAAAACUGGGGGGCAUGGGUAUGGGAAGGAAUAAAAAAAAAAGCUGUCCUGAGAACUUAGGAUGGAGAUUUUUAUGGCUGAAUCAGUGAUGUAGUCACAGGUAUCUUCUCUGCAGGGUGUGUGAGGGCUGCUUUGUGUCUUCUACUCUCACCUGUACUGAUGUGCAGCCAGAGACCUCCAGCACAGAUCUGACCUUUGGGUCUCUCUUCUCCAGCAGGGACUUCCUGGGAACUGGGCUAAAUGACUUCAGUGCUGUUUAGGUAGCACCUUGUGCAGCUUCUGAUCCCAUCCAUAUUUUUGCUGUAACUGUCUGUUAGGAAGGAGGGUCCAAGGCAGAUCUGGGGAUCCCCAUCCUCUCUGCAAGCAAACAGCCCUGAGAUGUCCCACCACUCUCUUAAUUUACCAGGAACAUGCUGAAAAAGGAGAAGGAGUUGUGCCUGCAUGCCAGGGUCCCUCAUUACUGGUGACAGUGGCUUGGCACUAAUAAAAGUAUGUGAGUGUGGGAUAGCUGCUGUGACUGCAAGUGGACAUUCCCCUGCCACACGGGGGGCACUGCCUUGUAAAAUGCAUUCUGGUGCCCACUGUAAAGUUUGCUUCUCUGGUGCCAGCAAGAUGCAACAGCUUCAUUGCAGCACACCAGUCCCUUUAAGGCUAAAUUUCAUAAAGCUUUUUUAUCUGCAGCUUCCUAAAAUAUAAUCUGAUAAUUAAUGGUUUGCUGGAUCCAUUAUGAAGUGCAAUUAGAUAGAUGCAGGGUUCCUGUGGCUCUGAGGGGACUGGUAGCAUUUAUCUUCCUUUCCUUCGUGCCAGAGAAGGUUGAACUCUGCCACUGCAAUAUUUCCACAGGGAGCGGUGAUCCCGCCGGAUCUCAGAGCCUGGGACCCCACGGUGAGCAGUGUGCUGUUGUGUCCUGCUGCCCAGAGCCACGGGGGAUGAACAGAUUGGAGUUUUCCAGCAGCAUCUUGUGCUGGCUGCUCACUGCCACCAGGCAGAGAUGGUGGCACAGGAGCGUGCCAAGGUGGCUGUGCCAGUGAGAGAGUUUGUUCCCAUUAUAACUUGGAAGGAACAGGGAGCAGCAGAGCUCCCAGGAGAGGGGCUUGGGGGAGCUCAUGACAUUGUGUGUGUGUGUGUAGCAGCAAGCAUAUGACCCUGCUGAAGUGGUGCACGUGUCCUGAAGGGCUCCCACAUAUGGUUUGUCCCCCCAAGCUUUUCAGGGAUGGCGACACGGAGGAAGCAUGAGGUUAAGCUGCCACUGAAUCCAGGAAUGACCAGGAGAUGGUGCUCAAGGCCUUGAGGAUUAGUGCUAGUGGCCAGGUGCCUCUGCACCUUUGUGGAAGCUCCUCUGAGCCUUCCCAGGCCUUCCUCAGCUCCUGGGCUGCCAGCCAUGGAGAGAUCUUGAGCCACUGCCAAGCUGAAGGAGAACUCCAAGCCCUGGACAGGUCACUUCCAAACCCUGGAUAUCACUGCUUAAAGAGCCUGAAGCUGGGUCUUGGCCACUUGUAGAGAGGGUAAAAUGCACUUGUUACUGAGGUGAAGAGAUGAAAAAGCCUGGGAUCCCCCUUGAGCAGGAGAGGGGCCAGAGGGGGAGCUGCUGGAGCCCAUCUCGUGUGUGGCAUGUGUGCAUGGCACUUGGGCUGAGCUUGGGGAUAAUGACACAACGAGCAACUGUGUCUUGAUGGUUUCAGAGCAGAUGUGUUGGGAGGAAAGUAGUGGAUUUUGUCCCACAGGCUGGUGGAGUUGGAAGCUGUCCCCCCUUUUCUGACUCCAUGGGAGCUGGGAGCUGUGGAAAUCCCUCCCCACAGGCUGUGGGGAGGCUCUGGAGUGGGGAAUGGAUUGUCCAGACAAUGCUUUGCAGGUGUCCUGGCCUUUAUGUGUGAGCCAAUAUCUGCAGGGAGAGCUAAGGUGAAGCUAAUGUCCAUUUGUUCCUGAAAAACUGUGGAGGGGGGGGUAAAGGUUUAGCAGGGCUUGUGGAGAAGUUUUCCUUAUUUCUGUCCAUCUCACAGGGCAGAGCAGGUGUUUGGGGCCUGUUGGCUGUGAUACCUUUGGUCCCUGAUUCCUCAUUGUUGUUACAGCUGGAGGGGGACGCUGUGGAUAUCACUUCAGGGGUGGUUCAGACUCACCUCUCCUGUUUGGAGCCAUCUCUCCUGCCUUUCUGCCCAGCAAGAUCCUGUGUGGACAUAUCCUCAGCAGAAUCCUGCCAGCUCCACACACCCAGUGAGAGCUCUGUAGCUUGACAGAGCCCAUCAAGUAUCUGCUAUAUCAUUAUGAGGAGAUAAUAACUUACUUCCCCCCAUUCCAGUUCCUUCUUGAUAGAUGAGAUUUGUACAGCAAAGCAAAUUGCAGCAUUAGCAACACCCAUGUCCUGCCCGGGAGGGAGAUGCAUUUCCCAGGACACCUCCUGGUCUGGUGUGCACCACACUGGAGAUGCUGAUUGCUGGUGAUUACUUGUUUUCUCUGUAAAAGUAAAACAUGGAGGAGGAAAGAUGUAUCUGCAGAGUGUCAUUUGAAGCAAUUCACUGGAAAAAAAAACCUUCUUGUGCUUGAAAAUAUGAUUUUUUUCAAAUCUUCCCCCAGGUGCUGGGUGACCCACUGGGUUUUGGGUCCUGUGCCCCCCUUGACCUUGGUGCCAUCCUCUAAGGAAGCAAGUCAGGCUGGAGCAAGGGACCAUCCUGCCCUUCACUGUGUCCUCCUAUUGGAGCUGCCAGAUGCUUUUGGGAAAGGGGCAGAGUGCCUCUAACAAACUGAGAAGUGACAUCCCAUGGAGGACUUUAGGUCAGGUACUGGUGGAAUGACAAGGUGAAAUGGCUUUAAGCUGGAAGAGGAUAGAUUUAGAUUGGAUAUUAGGAAGAAAUUCUCCCCUGUGAGGGUGGUGAGGCCCUGGUUCUGACCCCGUGUCUGUCCUGUUGCUGUGGGAUCCUUCGGAACGAGGCAGUGUGCCUUGUGUACAGCACUUGACCUUUCCCAUGUAAAGUGUCAUUUCACAGCCCCAAGGUGCUGUUUUAACAGUGCCUGCAAAUUCAGUGCUCUGGGCUUCAUUUUUGGGUUGAGGUUUUUGUUAUUUUUAAAUCCAACCUGCCUGUAAUUAGGGGCAAAGAUGCCGCUGCUCACCCAGGAGUUAAAGAAGGAGGUGGCAGGAGCAUGGAGGGAGUUUGGACAGAGCUUGAAGCCUCUUGUGGGGGAGAGGAAGAGGAGAAUGGGCACUAAUGGUCUGAAAACACUGUGUGUGUGGUUCAGGCAAGCCCUGGCAGCCCCAGGUGAUGCUGAUAUCUUGGCAAAUGUUAAUGUUGGUCUGGCAGGCUGCCAGCAUGUCCCCAGUGAAUUCAGGCACUGGAGAAGGGAAGUGAUGUCUCCAACGGCCUCCAUCCAGCUCAGCAAAACCUGAGUGCCCUUUCACAGCACGGAGAUGAGACACGUCAGCAGCCAGAGGGAUCCUCCCAAAUUUCGGUUUGCUGCAGACGGUGAGAGCUGAGGCACUUCCCUGGGACAUGGGCUUGGUAACCUUCUGUCCUGGGAUGAGCAGGCUGGCUGAUGGGGGGCCUGGCUGCCUCCCCAGCAUCAAUUCCUGAGCCCCAGCACCGUCAGCUGCACGAGGCCUCCUUACAGAAACCUCCACAAUUCCCGAUUUCCUUUUAUGGGGUCUCCAGCCAGCCUUCUGCACAAGCAGAAGCUCUCACUCUGCCUUCCCUGCACCCUUUAUGAUCACUCAAAGCAGGAAAUCUACCCAGGUUUCUAAUCAUGUUUAAGCAGACCUGAUAAAGUGCAGUUCUUAGUCCAUUUAACAUCAGACACACGGAUGCUGUGUAAGCUGUGGUAUAAAAUCUUCAUCUACAGUGGGAGUGGGGCUGGGAAGCACUCGUGGGUCAGACCAUGCCACUGGUUUCUGUGACCUGCAAGGAAACAGAAAGCCCUUGCUGGUGAGACAGAGGCUGGAGGAGCAGUGAGGAGCAGUGGGGAUCUGCCUGGCAUCACUAAGUGUCAGGCUGUGUGCCUGGGAAGGUGCCACGCUGGCUGAGUGGGGACAGGAGGGGACUGGUUAGGAUGUGUGACAGCGUCCUGAGGGCUGCUGGUUGGAACAAGAGCCCUGAGCAACGUUUGGGGGCUUUAGGAGCUGCUUUUGGCAGAAGUCUAGAGGAGUUUGCUGUUGCCCCUGCUCUGAGCAUUGCUGCAAUGAGAUGUCAGUGCUCACCCACAGCAGCGUGUGACAAGGGAAUGACAAACUGAAGGCUCUGCAGGAGACAUCUACCUGACAGCACAGUCAGGAGGUGGGAAACCUGUCUUGAAGCACGAGAGCAAAGGAGCUCUCACUGCUCUGCAUGGCUGAGGAGUGACCCAGUGGUAGCUUCACCCCCUGUGCUGGGAGAUGGUGCUCACUGCCAUCUCUGCACUCUGGCAGAGCAUCGAUGUAAGUCAAGGUCCAUUUGUACAGAGCACAAAUACUUAGCUUGGCUUUAUUUCCCUUUUCUUGGACACCCUGGAAAUGCCUGGCAUUGUGGGUGGUCCAGACAGUGACUUUUCCACUCCUGACAGGAGCAGUCAGUCCCUGUCUUGCUUCUGAGGAGCUCAGGGUCAGGUUUGUUGGCCGAUAUUCCUUCAUCCCGUGGAUCAGGGAUGCUUAGGGCCCUGCAGCAUAUGGGAAGCCUCGUCUGGGCAGGCUGGCUGCUUGUGUUCUCUGCGCUUCCCAGACUUUCUCCUGCUGGCCCCAAAGCCUCCUGCAGAUGGGGAGGGCUGGCCGGGACGGGUCUGGUGUGCACAUCCUCCCUUCGAGCACCAGGAGGAGCUGCCAGCAAAUGGGUCUGUCCUGAUAAUUAGAUCUAUCUUGAGGCUGUGCAAAAUCAUCUCAGCCCACAGGUCUUCCAGCCACUGGAGGCUUCCUGCUGGAGCUGGAGUUUGCUCUCUUUCUCUUGGCUGCAAUAAGGUGAGCAGAGCCCUGCCUCAGGUUUCAGGCUGCCUGGGGAGAUAAUCCAUGCCCCUCCAGCUGUGCUGAACCUGCUAAUGGGUGUGAUGAUGGCUCUCCCUGACAUGUGAAUCUGGCUUUCCCUGCCCAAGGAGGCCAAGGCCAUAUGUCACCUCCUCCAUGGCCUUGGCCUUCCUGGCCAGCACUUUGGUGGGGAAGAGCUGAGCUCCAGUCUUUGCCGGCCGCCCUCAUCCCUCAACUUUGCUGUCCUUCACCUGGGCUAGGUCUCCCUGCAGGUUCACCCCCCAGCCCUCCACCUACCUUCCCCUGAUCUGCCAUCACCCAGACCUUCUUCCCCAAAGCUCAUCCUGCAGAGGUGUGCCUGCACCUCGAUGUGUUCCUGCCCCAUGCAGGGUUUUGCUCUCUGUAGAGACUACGUGUGGGGGCACAUCUGGAAAGUCUCCAAUUGCAGGUAUAUAAUUCCCAUUCUGAUCUUCUGCAGGAGUCCCAGGGGGACUCAGUGCUGGGUGGAAUGGCUGUAAGGACCCCACGAAUGUGGGGGUUGUUCCCUUUGUCCAACUUGUGUGUUUAUUUUUGCAGCUCAGAGGCUCCAGCGAGACACUGUUUAGAGCAGAGCUGCCCCAUCCACUGAUACUUAAUGCCAUAAUAACAUCACAUUGGUUCAGCACAUUGCACUUCAGACCUGUAGUUGUUUCUUUUGUCCCUGAGUGUUUAAAGCUGUUGUUAUUGAGCUGCCCAGUGACACAAGGGGCUUUCUCCAGCAGGGUUAUAGAUGAUAGUGAGUUUGGUGAUACACAGGAGCAGGUCAGAUGAUCUCUGUGGCGUGUGUGAACUCCUGUUUAUCAACAGCUGGUCUCUGUGAGCAGUGAAUUCCCUCCGCAGCUCCCUCCAGCCUCUCACAUCAGCUAACCCAGAUAAUCCUUUGCUAUCUGCCACAUCUCAGUAGAUCUAUUAAACACACACGAGUUCUGGUGUCCUUGUGCAUAACCAGGGUAUGCUGCAAGAUUUCAAAUCCCCCAGUGCAGGAUUCUGUCAAAGUUUUGUUGAAAGUCUAAAUAAAUAAACCCCCUUU